AUGGUCACUGCAUACCCGCUCCCUGAAGGCUUCACUGAAUUAGAGGUGUUUGCCAUCGGCACUGCCCUGCUGGUAGAAGCCCUGCUUGGUUUCUGUCUGAAUGGCUUGACAAUUAUUUCUUUCCGAAAAAUCAAAGAAAUCCGAACACCCAGCAAUCUGCUGGUUCUCAGCAUUGCACUAGCCGACUGCGGGAUCUGCAUCAACGCAUUCAUCGCUGCCUUUUCCAGCUUCCUAAGAUACUGGCCCUAUGGCUCUGAUGGCUGUCAAAUUCAUGGAUUCCAGGGCUUCUGGACAGCACUAGCCAGCAUAAGUUCCAGUGCUGCGGUCGCUUGGGACCGGUAUCAUCACUACUGUACAAGGAGCAAGCUGCAGUGGAGCACGGCCAUCUCCAUGAUGGUGUUCGCCUGGCUGUUUGCUGCCUUUUGGUCCGUGAUGCCCUUGCUGGGGUGGGGGGAAUAUGACUACGAACCCCUCCGAACCUGCUGCACCCUAGACUACAGCAAAGGGGACAGAAACUAUAUCACGUUUCUUUUUGCUCUGUCCAUUUUCAAUUUCAUGAUCCCGGGCUUCAUCAUGCUGACGGCCUAUCAGUCCAUACACCAGAAGUUCAAGAAAAGUGGGCACUAUAAGUUUAAUACUGGUUUACCAUUGAAGACACUGGUCAUUUGCUGGGGUCCCUAUUGCCUUUUAUGCUUCUACGCAGCAGUUGAAAAUGUGAUGUUCAUUUCACCAAAAUACCGCAUGAUUCCCGCCGUUAUUGCCAAGACUGUGCCAACUGUGGACGCCUUUGUAUAUGCCCUGGGGAAUGAGAACUACAGAGGAGGAAUAUGGCAGUUCCUCACAGGACAGAAGAUUGAGAAAGCAGAGGUCGAUAACAAAGCUAAAUAA